AUGAGCGAGCUGUGGUACGAACAGCCCGCAUCUAGUUGGAAUGAGGCUCUUCCUUUGGGCAAUGGCCGACUGGGUGCUAUGGUUUACGGUCGCACCGACACAGAGAUGAUUCAGCUAAAUGAAGCUUCAGUCUGGUACGGUGGACCUCAACAACGGACUCCCGAAGACGCCUUGGGUAAUCUGCCAGCUCUACGACAUGCCAUCCGCCAGGGAAACCACAUCGAGGCAGAAAGACUGGUUACCACAUACUUCUUCGCAAACCCAGCAAGCCAGCGCCAUUACGAGCCUCUCGGGAAUCUCUUCUUGGACUUUAGACACGAGCCUGAGCAAGUCACCAGCUACCGACGCUCACUGGAUCUCACCGAGGGGGUUUUGCAUGUUAACUAUGAGCAUCAGAAUGUUAAAUAUGACCGGCAAAUGAUCGCUACUGAUGACCCGUCGGUUCUGAUUCUACACGCUCGCUCCUCGGCAAAGACUGAGUUUAUCUUACGUCUGACACGAAUGAGUGACCUUGAAUUUGAGACACAUGAGUACUUCGAUUCCAUCCAGACUGUGGGGAAACUUCCUCAAUGGAAAAUCUCCCGUCGCAAGGAGAAUACAAUAACCAUGCAUAUUACACCCGGUGGAAAGGGAAGCAGUGUCUGCUGUGUUCUCCAUGUUCAAACCAUCGACGAGGACGGAAAAGGCACCAUUAUCAAAGUUGGAAAAAACCUUGUCAUCAAUUCCGAUGAUGCAGUCAUUUACAUUUCCGCCCGAACCGAUUUCAAGGGUAAGAAAGGUGAUGUACAUGCGGAAUCGGACAUCGAAAAGGUUGGCUCCACUCCACACGACACCUGGAGACAACAAGUCAUGAAGAACAGGGAGAUAUGGGAGCGAAUGCACCUGAAGCUCACACCGGAUCGAUCGGAAAUUCCUACAGACAAGAGAGUGUCGAAAACCCUAGAUCCAGGCUUGAUUGCUCUCUAUCACAACUAUAAUCGCUAUCUGCUCAUGGCCUGUAGUUAUGAAGGAAGUGCGGCUUACCCUCUACCGGCCAAUCUACAGGGCAUCUGGAAUCCUUCUUUCCAUCCCGCUUGGGGUUCGAGAUUUACCAUCAACAUCAAUCUACAGAUGAACUAUUGGUCUACCAAUCUUUGCAAUCUGUCUGAAUGCGAGCUCCCUCUGUUCACUCAUCUCUCCCGAAUGGUGUCUAACGGCAAGAAUACCGCUGAAAAGAUGUACGGGUGCCGGGGAUGGACUGCCCACUCCAAUACUGAUAUCUGGGCCGACACUGAUCCUGUUGAUCGUUGGAUGCCAGGUACUCUAUGGCCACUAGGAGGUGCAUGGCUCUGUCACCACCUCUGGGAACAUUUCCAAUUUACCAGGGACGAGAGCAUUCUCAACCAAUACUUUUGGAUCCUUCGUGGAUGCAUAGAGUUCCUCCUCGACUUCCUCAUCAAAGACUCGUCCGGGAAAUAUCUUAUAACGUCCCCAUCCGUCUCUCCCGAAAAUUCCUACUACGACAAAAAAGGCCAGAAAGGCGUACUUUGCGAAGGCUCGACUAUUGAUACUCAAAUCAUCGACGCUGUAUUACAAGACUUCGAGCUAGCAACCGCACAGCUAGGCAUGAACGACGAUCCUCUCCUCCCACAAGUUCGUUCCACGCGAUCUCGCCUCCCGCCCAUGAAAAUCAGCACGAUGGGAUACCUCCAGGAGUGGGCCGAAGACUACGAAGAAGUCGAGCCAGGCCACCGCCACACAUCUCAUCUAUGGGCACUAUACCCUGGUAACGCAAUCACACCAGACAAGACUCCAGAUCUCGCGGCUGCAUGUAGGGAGACUCUUUGUCGACGUGCAGAGCACGGAGGUGGUCACACAGGCUGGAGCCGUGCCUGGCUCAUAAACCUAUACGCGCGUCUUCACGACAAAGCGGAGUGUCAAAAACAUCUUGUUUUAUUACUGAGGCAAUCUACACUCCCCAAUCUUUUCGAUAGCCAUCCGCCAUUCCAAAUCGAUGGUAACUUUGGUGGGGCUGCAGGUAUCGUGGAGAUGUUGAUUCAGUCUCACGAACCGGGAAUUAUCCGACUGCUUCCUGCUUGUCCGGAAUGGACAGGUAGAAUUCAUGGAGUCCGAGCUCGUGGAGGAUUUGAAUUAGAUUUUAGCUUCGAGGGUGGAUGUUUGGUGGGGGAGGUUGUUCUCAAGACUCGGGGUGUGAAGACGGUCACUGUGGUUUUCCCGACUGGGUUUCAAAUGGAAGUCGAAUGUGAUGGCGACUGCCGUAUCCCACCGGAGAUGUAUUCUACUUAG